GAGAAAAUUAAAUUCAAAAGGGGAGGACACGUCACACCGCUAAUGUCUGACAGAUUCGCAAUUACAGAUCCGUCCUUAGCCAGUCUUCAAAUAGAGUUCCGAACGCGCGGGACUCUGACAGCCGCUCCUGAUCACGACGGCAUCACACGAGCGUAGCCUAUUAUUGACAGAAAUCACAUUAAGUGCAACUGUCAUUGACCGUUUUAGAUUUUAAAUUCGGGAACAAUAUGGCAAAAGGGGAGGGAGCCGAACAGUAUUCCGCUACAAGUUUACUACAAAAUAAACCAAGCAGUCAAGCUGAGACGAAAUCAUCUGAAAAGCGGCGGGACCGGAGGAAGCAUCUCUCUGUGUGCAAUAAGCUGUGCUACGCUAUCGGCGGCGCUCCCUACCAGAUCACUGGCAGCGCGCUGGGCUUCUUCCUCCAGAUCUACCUGCUGGACGUGGCUCAGUUGGACCCAUUCUACGCCUCCAUCAUCCUGUUUGUAGGACGGGCGUGGGAUGCUGUGACCGACCCAACUGUGGGGUUCCUCGUCAGCCGUACCCCCUGGACACGAUGGGGGAGGAUGAUGCCUUGGAUAGUUCUGUCCACCCCCCUGGCGGUGCUGUGCUACGUGCUGGUCUGGUACGUGCCCCCCUUCCAGCAGGGGAAGGCCGUCUGGUACCUCGUCUUCUGCUGCUUGUUCCAGUCCCUGCAGACGUGCUUCCAUGUGCCCUACUCUGCCCUGACCAUGUUCAUCAGCUCUGAACAGAGAGAGCGAGAUUCGGCCACAGCCUACCGUAUGACAGUCGAGGUUUUGGGCACAGUGCUUGGGACCGCGAUUCAGGGACAGAUUGUGGGCGGGGCUGGUUCCUCCUGUAUCCCGGGAGAUUUGCAUGCAGUGGGCGGGGCCAAUUCAACUCUGGCGCUGCUCGAACCCAAGGCCAACAACUCCCAGGUGUCUCUGCACGAAACGAAACAGGCCUAUCUGAUCGCGUCCGGGGUGAUUUGCGCGGUCUACGUCCUGUGCGCCCUCAUUUUGGUCCUGGGAGUCAAGGAGAGAAAAGGUUCGGCGCCGCUGAAGGUGGGGCAGUCCAUGUCGUUCUGCGAGGGCCUGCGGCUGGUGUUAGGCCACGCCCCCUAUGCCCGGCUGGUCAUGGGCUUCCUCUUCACUUCGCUGGCCUUCACCAUGUUGGAGGGGAACUUGGCCCUGUUCUGCACCUACACUCUGGGCCUGAGAAAUGACUUCCAGAACAUUCUACUGCUCAUUAUGCUGUCCGCGACCCUGACCAUCCCCUUCUGGCAGUGGUUCCUGACCCGAUUCGGCAAGAAGACCACCGUUUACGUCGGAAUCUCGUGGGCAGUCCCCUUCAUGAUCGUGCUGUUUUGUAUGAAUGGUAACCUGAUAGUAGCCUAUGUGGCAGCCAUCGGUUCCGGUGCCAGUGUGGCAGCUGCUUUCUUCCUGCCCUGGUCGAUGCUCCCGGACGUUGUGGACGAUUUUAAGCUGAAGAACCCUGACUCCAGUGGCCAUGAGGCCAUCUUCUACUCCUUCUACGUCUUCUUCACCAAGUUCGCUUCCGGGGUGUCCUUGGGAAUCUCCACCCUUAGCCUGGAUUUUGCGGGGUAUGUCACUCGCGGAUGCUCGCAGCCUGAGGCGGUGGAUUUAACCCUGCGGAUGCUGGUUUCUCCCGUGCCCAUCGCUCUGAUCGUCAUAGGGCUCCUCAUAUUCAGGACGUAUCCCAUCGACGAGGCGGCGCGUCAGGGCAACCGCAAACUGCUGCAGGAGCUGAGGCACAGAGAGGACAUGGAGGCAUCAUCAGACUCCAGUUUGUGAGGAACCGGGAACACAACAUGGAGGGGGGGAGGGAGUGUUUUUUUUGGGGGGGGGGGGGUCAUGUUGCACUGAGUGUUAAAGGAGACCAAGCUGCUGAAGAGUCUGGACACUGAACCAUUCUACACAAGGAACACGGUACUGCAUCUACUACUGUACUAACAUGCCCUUUCUCUGAGACUACAUCCUUGGUGAGAAUCCACAAACUCCACUCUACAGCACCCCCUGGCGGUGCACAGUGGACUUGCCCAAAAAGAUACCUUUUUCAACAUAAAACUGCUCGACUUUGAAAAUGAGAAAUGGCUAAUAGUUUUUGGGGGUUUUUUUCCCAUUUAAGUUGCAGUUAUUGGUGCCCGAACCCUCUCUCUGUCAAUACUAAUAACUGAGAAAACUCUGACUCUACCAGCAUGAAGCCUGAAAUUGCACUAAUCACACUCCGUGCUGGGACAAUCAUAAGGGGGGAGUUUGGUACCAGCCCCUAUUUACCGGGGUAUUAAUUACUUGAUCUGACUUUAGCUGUACAGAGAUUUAGGCAUUUGGUGAAGCACUUCUCACUUUGUUUGAAGAGACUGUGUACAAUCUGUGAGGUCACCUGUUUAGACCUCAGAGAAGUAACUACACUAUUCCUACCUUCAGGUGGGCAGGUACGGACAACAUCCGCUCAGAGCAGAUAAGUUCACCUGAUUUUGACGGAAGGGAGUCCUGAAAAGUUCACAUGAUGAAGACAGAGAGAGUCCUCCACAGGAUAUUGAAAGAAGCCUCUCUUUGUCGACCAAAGAGCGCCAUUUUUUUUGUUCCAAUUUUGUUUUGAGUUUACUUAGAAGAUGAGAAGCACAAAGGUCAAGCUGGGGUUGGGGGGGGGGGGGCACAGUGUCGUCUACUUUUUUUUCCUGAAACCUCAGACUUCCUGUCGCUUAGAGAGCUGGGUCAAUUUAAUUUUAACUUCAGUAAAUUCAAAAAAAAAUUAUACAAAUGCCUUUAAUUGAAUAUCAUAGAACAUGGUUUGCUUUUUAAUUCCGGAACGAUAUUUCAGUUCACCUUCCUGUGUUACUGGAAUUUAAAUGAAACUGACCCCAAACCUGCUGGCUUACUGCGGGAGGUCUGCUGAAUGCUACCAGCAGUUCACCGAGAGGAGAGUUAAGCAUGGCAAACUUAAGGCAUAAUGGCCUCAUCCAGUGUAUUUACAGAUGUGUUCGUUAAUGUGUACGGUAAUGUAUUUGGAAAAAUCAGUUUAAAUAAAAGAGCUGGAUGUUCUUUAUGAGGACUCCGGGGGCAUGGGCUUCACCUCCCCACACUCAGAUGUGUUAGUGCACGCCCAGGUUAAAGGUCAAAUAUGCAUCUGAAAUUAUUUAACCUGGAUGUACAAUCUAAUUAAAUUAUUUAGCUGUGAAUAUUAGGUGAGCGUUAAAAAAUGGAUGGGUUUUUUUUUUUUGCUACUUAUGUUUAAGACUUAAAGUAUUUCAAAUUAAGUGUUUGACCAAGGACUGGCUUGGAUGGAAUAACCUGUGAUUGCAUUUAAAACACUUCCCUGGUGGUUUGCGUACACUUUGUUGCCAUCCACAAGCAAAUGCAUGUUUUAAAUAAAGUUUAGUUGUUUGAAUACAUCGUAACUGAAGACUGCCAGUGAGUUUUUAAGCUCAGGCACUGGAAUUGGUGAACAAAAAAAAUAACAUCUGAAAAGGAGCGAAGGCUCAGGGCAACCCAAAAUUUAUAGGUGGCUGCCAAUUCUGCCAAAUUCCACAAAAUGGAGGGCUGACCUGAGGCUGGAGGGUGUAUGCCACACAUCCCCUGCUGCCUGACUGCUUCCAUCAUGCAAUGGGUUCCCUGCGUGGUUGAGAUGAGGGAAAUCAACUCCCAAAAACUGUUCCCUGCGAUAGAUUGGCGGCCUGUCCAGGGCGUAUUCCUGCCUCUUGCUCAAGUGCACGCUGGGAUAGGCUCCACCCUACCCCCCCCCCCUUCCGCUACCCUGCCCAGGAUAAGCGGGUAUAGACAAUGGAUGGAUGGAACUGUCAAAAACUACUGAAACAGUUCAACAGGGGGUGCUCAGUCUCUGAGAACAGACCAGCAGCCAUAGAGCUCCCUGGUGUUGAUGUCUAGCCAUAUGUUUGUAUUUAUUGAUGUAAACUUGUAAAUAUGUUAAAGGUUAAAAAGUUGUGUGUACAAAAUGAUGGGUUGUCGCGGUUAAAACUGGGAAUUAAAGUUAUUGAGUUGUACUUGAAA